CUACUACUCUAGCAGUACACUACUCGUUUACAUUUCUUCUUGUAACAUGCUUGGAUAUCAGCAGUGAGGGGAACCACAUAACCACAGCUUUUUUUCGCUUUACUCAGAAAAGUUUCCUACAGGCCCACGUCACUUACAUGAGACGGUCUAGCUUUAGACUUUAUGGUGCAUCCUGAAUGAGUCUACAGACAUGGAUCAUUCAUUUUCAAUGUAGAGAAAGGGGAAGAGCUUUGGACAGAAGGCAAUGGACAGGGUAUUAAAUGAAGUGAAAUCAGCACUUUGCAGCACAUCCUGAGACGCUUCACCAACAGGUAUUAAAUUGGUUUAAUUUAAGAGAAGGGAAGGAGUUUGUAAGAAGGAGAACAUUCAAUCAAGAUGUAUUUGCAUCAUGGUCAUGAUUUGCUUGUCAGCAUCCGUAUCAGGUCAAAAAGUUGAUGAAUCAGAUGAGAAGAAAAUUGAAGCACUGAUGUAAAAACAAUUCAUCAAACCCUGACAUCUCCGAGUUACCCAGCUUUAGAGACCAACCAUCCUGGUGGUAUGAGAUCUCCCUAAAAAUUACACUGAUGCUGCCAUAAAUGGAGAGAAACAAGAAAACCUCUUUGCUGUUUCUUCUUCUAUCUCUUGUUGUCGUCAGUGCUGAGAAUUGUCCAAACUUCUCAGACAACAAAGCUCUCAGAAAUCUCACCUGCGAAAGCGACUUCGAUGACACCAUCACUUGUGUGUGGAACAGCACAAGUGAUGGUGUCCAUGUAUCCAAGCAUCCAGACAGUGUGUGCACAAUACACGCAAAAUUUGAGCAUAGUUAUGGCGGUUAUCACGGCUCAUGUGACCUGAAACCUGUUGAAGUCUCCAAACCAACGCUACAGAAGUGCUCCGUGAUCUUCAAAAGAAAGGGCAAUUUUAUGUCCGAAGAUAAUGUGUCCAUUUCACUGAGCUGUAACACCAUGAAGCAAAAAUUGACCAUUUUCUUCAUGCCAGCUUGUCACAUAAAGCUGAAUCCUCCGCCACAACCAGAUGUCAACUUUACCACAGUUACCUGGAACACCCAAAAGGCAAUGUUAACUAAAAUAGAAUCGUACUUCUCCCAACUGCAGUGGAAACAAAAGGACCAGUCAUGGAGUUAUAAGUAUCUUCAGGAAGAAGUCAAGCCAUGUAGCUGGAACUGCAUGGCAGAGCUGAACCCCGAUAAGCUGAUAAAAGGCGAGAGGUACGAGGCACGCGUUCGAGUGAAAGCUGACACAUCCUGGACCAAGUCAGUCUGGAGUGAUUGGAGCCCCACAACAACAUGGGUGUCACUUGAAGGAGAACCAAAACCACAAUCAGCAGAUUUUACUGGUGUUUGGAUCGCUGUUGCAGCAGCAUUUGCAGUUAUUGUGGUUGUUAUUCAACUUAAAUCCAACAAAACCACCUGGGUUUACAUAGUAAAGAAAAUCACAGGUCCGCCCCUACCAAGCCCAGUAAACUUCUUCCCAGAGGAUGCAAAUUUCCCAAAGCGGCUGAGCCCUCACUUCACCAGUGAAUCCUUUUAUUCUGUCUUCAAACCGGUGGAAAUCGUCUCAGUAGAGGUAACCUCCACCGUGGAUGCUGUCGAACCUUGCGGGCCAGAGGUGGCGCUGCUAGAGAAGAUGAGAAGUGAGCUCAACCACAGGUCAACCAGUUCCAACUACUCCAACCCCAGUUACUCCCGGCUGUGUCCUCCUCCUCCUCCUCUUCCUCCUGUCUCCUCGCUCACUGCUGGGGAUCUGUUGCCUUGCGCCGCUGAUACACCUUAUGGGCCUGUUGUUAGUCAAAGUGAAGGGAAAAACGCAGAACAGGAUAGGCAUGAAGUGAAAGGGAAAGAAGUGGAAAUCCACCAGCUGCUCUCCAAAGGCAGCAACAACAGUAAACCUGUGCUGGUCAUUUCAGACUAUGAGAAGGUUGAGAAGGUCCAGGUUGAGCGCUCAAGGCUCCGGAGUCUCGAUUCAGGCGUGUGCAGUGGCGAAGAGGUCAGUCAAGAGAGCUUGGAGGCAGAUAGCAUCAACAUGACCGAUUGCCAUGAUGAGGGGCCUAAAGGCGAGGGCGAGACGUUGGCUGGGAAUGGGAAAGACAUAGACUUUCAGAAGUUGUUUAGAGGUGGUGGAGAUGUUUUUGGGAAAGGUAUCAUUCACGUUUGUUCCGGUUAUGAGCAAGUCCAACAGCUGCCAGCUGACAGCCCUGAGCUCGCUAGCUUGGAUUCGGGCAUUAGCAGUGGGGGCGAGGAGCAGGUGAGUCAGGAGGAGAGUGUGGAGGACGUUGAUAAAUCCACUGAAUCCACCAGCCUCCUGCCUCCUCCAUUCAGCACCUCACCAUGCUCCUUGCCCUGUUUCACCCAACUUCCUUUGAACUUCUGUGGGCCAGGUUUGAGUCCAGCUCUGCAGUCUCUCCCAAGUCAUUUACUGCAGAAGACUGCUCCAAUGCCAACUAACAGGUCAAUGGAGCCCUCUGGUGAUGGAUACAUGCCAGUAAGACAGGAGCAGAGCUAGACACAGACUGUGCAUUCCAGUACCUAUACUGCAAUGCUAUAUAGUAUGCCAGUAAAAAGAUUUAGUAGCGUCCCAAUACAUAGUGUGUCAGAUGCAGAAUGGCAAAAAUACCAGGGUGUUCUACACCAUUGCAGGAUGCAAGCCGCACGCUUCUCUGACUUUAUCCACAAUCUUCUGCACAGCAGCAAAUUCGGCACAUUGACUUACACGCAAACCAAUAACAGCUGAUUGAGAGCUGAUUAACAACUGGCAGAAACCACAGUGAUGAAUAACAGUGCAUUUAAGUGACUGAUGAGGAGGAGUCAAAUAGUUAUAUAAUUGUAUCAUAUAUUAAUUGUUCAUGUGAACGGAAUAAUCAAAAAAUGUGGCAACUGAGAGGAGGCAGGGGCAGGCAGCUCUGAUGGGAGGAUGAGGAUUUGGGACCGGCUGGGGCAGUGAAGCAGGGUGAGAAGGUCCAGAUGGAGAUGUGGAGAUGGUGUGGAGGCAGCAGCUGGAGAUCUGUAGGUAAAAGCAUCAAAAUAUAAGACUGCAGAGCAAACGAAACGGAGUAUGUUGAAACACUCUGGCGAUGAGUGAGUGAAGUCAAUGGGUUCUUAUUCUGCUUGCUGAUGAGAUGAUUGAGGAAAGGAGUGUAGGUAGAAUCAGGAGCCAGGUGAGGGAAAGCCACGCCCAAAGCACACAGACACACAUCGAAGGUGGGAACAUGAGGGAGACAGCGGAAAAAAUAUAAGGAAAACCUGGAGUCACGACAUAAAUAUUUCAUCAAAUUGUUAUUAUAAACAAUGAUGGAUUUGCUUACAUUCAGCUUUAAAGUCUGACAGCUAUGCUGACUUUAUUUCCUACCGCCAGCAUUUGAAAAUAUUUUUGAAACCUUCAUUGUAUACACUGGCAGUGUUCUUAUUAUUUUUUGGUUUUAUAGGUAUAUUGCUACUUUAUUGACUGUAUCACCUCUCUGAUCCACCUGGAGUCAACAGAAAUGUUUAUUGGGUCUCUGCUGUGUUCUUUGCAGGUUCAAAAGAACAUAAUUGACUCGGUCAUUAACACAUUGUUCUAGUGUAUUACUAGUGGUCAGAAACUCCUUUUUAUAUAUUUAUAUAUUUUCAUAUAUUUAUAUGGCAGCUUAAAAAUCCUGAAUAUUGGUUAGUGACCUCUGUAAAAUAUGUUAGGACUUAUCUAACAUUUUAUGUUUAAAAAAAAAUCUUGUUGUUUUUAUAUUGUCUUGUUUUUUUUUUAUUAUUGUUCAUGAAAAUAUGUGGCAUGCUCUAUCAAAAUAGUCAUCCAUUUCUUGAUAAACUUGGAUUUAUGUCAACAUCUUGAGUUUUUGUCAUUUUAAAAGUUUUUUUUUUAUUAAAUCAUGGCUCAGUGACAAUCAUUAUGAAAUGUGACAUAUUUUGCUCAAUAUUUGGGAUACAAAAAAAUAAAUUAUAUUAGAAAGCUUGGAAUUUUCUCUUUCCAACAUACAACUCGAAAUGUGUUUUCAGGGUUGAUUCGACUGAAAAUGACAGAACAUGUCACAUAUAUUAUCAAAGGGACAAAGGUUUUGUGAAUGAACAGCUGAAAAAGUGAACCCAUACUGACGUUCAUUGAUCAUGCCAGUUGUUUUUUUUUUUGUUUGUUUCUGUGCGCUGUUUGUAUUUCUAAAAUAAUAAAUGACAAAUGAAAUGA